AUGGAAUUCCCCAGAGAAGGACUAUCAAACAACAGGCCACCAACCCUAAGUGGUACAAACUACUCUUAUUGGAAAGCAAGAAUGAAGAUUUACAUAUUAGCCCAAGGAGAAAGAGUAUGGAAUGAUGUUGAAAACGAAUGGAAACAUCCCCUUGAUGACAAUAACAAAGCAAAAGGUCGUGCUGAUUGGAGCGAAGAAGAACUCAAAGAAUUCGACUAUAACUCAAAAGCUAUGAAUGCCAUCUACGGAGCCGUAAGUGAAGAAACAUUCAAACUAAUUGCUGCCACAAAUGUAGCAAAAACAGCAUGGGAUAUAUUGUGUGAUCAUCAUGAAGGAAACUCGACAGUCAAACAAUCAAAACUACAAAUGGUCCAAACUCAAUUUGAAAAUCUGAAGAUGGAUGAAGAAGAAGAUAUCACACAGUUUAAUGGAAGAAUACUAGAAAUUGCUGGAGAAGCCUAUAACUUAGGAGAACCCAUACCUGAAAACAGGUUAGUAAAGAAGGUGUUGCGAUCAUUACCAGAAAGGUUUAUGAUGAAAGUAACAGCUAUUCAAGAAAGCAAAGAUCUCAAUACUUGCAAGUUAAGUGAUCUAAUGGGAAACCUUAAAACAUAUGAGCUUGAGAUGCUGCAAAACAAAAAGUCUAAUGGUAAAGGAAUAGCCCUUCAAUCAAAACAUGAAACCAACUCAGAUGAAGAUACUGAAAACAUGGAAGAAUCCAUUGCAUUGCUGACAAAAAACUUCAACAGAUCGGAAUGUCCAAACUACCUAAGGAGGAAGAACAAAACAUAUGUAACAACCUUGAGUGAUGAUUCAGAUAGUGAAGAAGAGAACAACACAAAUUUUGUGGCCUUUCUGACAAAUCAUGAAGGCAAUGAUGAAUCAGAGGAGGACAUGCAAGAUCUAUUAAACUCCUACACACAGCUGCAAGCCAAGUGGGAAGAAAUCAUCAAAGUAAACCUAAAUCUCAUGCAAGAAAAUCACUUUCUUAAAAGUGAAAAGGAAAAAGAAAUACUUCUUCACAAAGAAACUCAAGAAAAGUUAAUGAAAUCACUGAAAGAAGAAGACAGGUUGCUAUAG